AUUCGGGGUUCAACAUGUUCCUUACAAAUCAUCAUACCGUUCUACAAGUACACAGCAUCUAGAAAAAGACAAGAGUCGACACUUCUUGAACAACGAGGUCGUCUCAGUGCACCACUGAAGCGUUCAUCUGCAGCGUACUAGUAAAACAUGAGGCUGUUUAUCGUUGAUACAGGAGUACCAUAGCUUCCACUCGACAACACUCACAACUAGAAUCAUCGCCACUUGCUUUGGAGAAUCCGAAUGUACUGGAUGUAGUAGAGCAACAUUUACGCUUACGAGACUGGCAAGAUCCCUCGGAAGCUCAGUGCAUUUGCACUGGCGGCAACUACUAUCGACUGCAUUUAUAAUAGAUGGUCUUCUUCGUGUUUGAUGCUCACAAGCUCACAAUGGUCUACCCUAACAAUUUCGACAGUCGCUGCGCCGCAAGCUUGCAUUCGAAUGGAAACCUGCUCAACACCGCCCUGCUGUCUCUCAUUUAUCCUUGACAAGCUGGCGUUGCUGCUUGGUCGGUGGCAUUCGUCACCCCGGAGGUUGGUGUCUAAAACCAUCCAUGACUCCAGUCAGCGUCGGUUUUCUCACACUGUAUCCAUCUCUCGGCUGCAUCUGAUCACGACAAUCCACAUUUGGCAAAGAGAAAAUGUCAGAGGCACCAAGUUCGUCCAUCAUGACCAGCAAGCUGUCGGCUUCAACCUCGGCGCCCGUGCUGCCGCCGCGUUAUUCGUCGCGGCUGUUCCGAUCUUCGUUCGCUACGUGCUUCUCAGUGAUCGGCGCUGUGCGCUGCGAGCUUUGGGGCUGCGCUUUCGUCGCACUCGUGGUGCUUCUCACGUCGCUUAACUAUUGGCGCAAUCCGAUCAAGGGCUGGCGCCGUACGGCCGACAUGACGGCAGUCAUCGGCGCUGCGAUCUACCACGCCUACUGUUGCGUGGCUGUGUGCCAGGAUCCGUUGGUGCAGGUGAUGUACGCGCUAGUGGUGGCCAACUCGGGCUACUGCUAUAUGCAGGCACGCAAGGCGCCCAACGAGAACGUGUCGUCUGCCUGGCACUGCGGUCUGCACUUACUGGGCAAUGCAGCCAACGUGCUGCUGUAUCGUGGGAUUUAAAGAUGAGAGAGAAGAAGAGAAAUUUUAUUAGGCAGAAGAGAACUGUCAGUCCGUAACAAUGAAAUAAAGUGGUUCUUUGUAUGUAGUUCUA